UCUGCUUUCAGGGCAUUUACUUCAGUCUGUAUGAAGUAGAAAUAUCGAAGAAGGAUCAAUAUAAAAUGGAUUGCUUAGUAGAAAAUCUAAAGGAAAAGGACCUGGCAAUUGUCAAAUAUUUACAAGAUCAAGGAGUCCUUAUCCUCCUCACGUCCUCUGCCUUGGCACGAGACGAUGAGUAUGACCCCAAGGAGCCCGGCAGCCUCCUGGCCCUCUUUCUGUUCACCUCAUCCCAGUUGGUGCAUCCAAGAGCUGAAAAGCACGAUGCAAAAGGUGAAAGGGAAGACAGUGACAGCAGCAACAUCUCCUUAAAAGUAGCCUCAGUUUUGCCUGGGCUUCGCUACGCCUUACGGAAAGCCACCAGUUCUUCACAGGGGGACACAGUCGAUAUGAGCACGUGCAUCAAACAGCACCUCCAGGAAUACGCAAAGCUUGAUCAAAAUUCACAGCUCGCCUCUGGCCAAAACAGCAAAGUUCCACUUUCUCCUCUCCUCUCACCCACCAAGGAAGAAUGUACUAAUCCCUUCCAAAAAUGCUCGGAGGAGUCCUUCUCCCAGCUGCGGCGUUACCUCUCCAAUCCCAGCAGCUAUACGCUGGAAAUUUCAGCUGCCUUAGGGUGUUUGACCGGUGCUGCUCAGUCUCUUCGCUGCAAUUCGGAGGCUGAUUGUAAAGUGGACUUUUCUUCGACUGUGCCGCCGGACCCUGCUCCUCCCGAUGCAGCAGCAGAAAUAAAAAUCCAACCUGAGAGCCCGAAGCCCGUGGCAGGGCUGGACCAGAGUGGUGAAGGGCUCGCGAAAGAUGUCAGCUCGGCCAACAAGCUGUGGGUGCAGCAGAGCAGGAGGAAAUCCAGCCGAGCCGUCGUGACCAGCCCCAGGAAGAAAUGGUCACCCCUCAAGAUGCAAAUGCAUCCUAUGGGGGACGGCGGCAGGAACAGGAAAGCAACGAAGAAGAAGAAGAAAAUCAACGUGGCUUUCUCUUUUCCUAAAAAGCCGAGCUUCACGGCCAGUUCCAACGAGCCCAUGCUUAAAUUGGCCAAUUUGCAGUUUCCACACAGAAGGAAAAGAGGUGCGGAGGUCCUGUCUGCAGAAUUUGUGCACAAAACACAGGCGGAACCUGUUCAGAAGGAAACCUCAGCUCUCCGUGAUCCUGGCUUGGAAACAAAGAGACCAAAGAUAUUGAAGAACCCAGACGUGAAAAAGGUUCCUGUUGCUGGGAAAAAGUGGAAGGAGCCGUCCUUUGUCCUCCCAAGCGAAGUUUCUUCCCAGCGCCGCGGAGCGGAGAGCCGGGCGAGCGAGACUUCCCUCGGCAGCGCUGCUGAUCUCGGUUUUGCUGCGAAGGGGAACGACUACGAGUCCCAUGCCUUGAACUUGCUGGCUGAUCUGGCGCUGGGUUCUUGUAUUCCUCCUUUUAUCCCCAGGGACGGUGGGACAACCGCUGGGUCCUGCGGCUCCUCCGGCAACUCUGCAAAGGAGCAGCAGGAUCCUCACAACCACAAAUCCUUGCGUGUCGCUUCCGACCACGAAUACCACAGGGUAGACAACAGAAAGACCCCUGGGAGCCCCAGCCUUGCGAAACCCCACGCCUUGCCUCCAAGAGAGACUCUAGAAGCUGCUGAGGCGAACAAGCACUCCUUCAUCUCCGCCGAGCACUCGUACGCCUCGCAGAUGCCUGAACACUCAAAGAAACACGCGUAUCCCAGAGGUGCCCCCUACCCUGGCCCAGUCCCCUCCAGAAACGGGAUGAGGAACGCCCAAGGAGGACCUUUGGUUGGCAAAGUCCUGCCUUUCCGCCACCAGCAGAACAGCACCCACCCGCAGCGGCCCUUCGAGGCCGUGGCGAUGAGGCCCAGGAGCAAACCGCUCUCCCCCAGGCUGAGGGAAGACUUCAGCAGGUGCCACACGGUGAACGUCUGCGACAAGUCCCUGACGGUGACGUGCCGUUGGGAAGCGGAAUAUCUCUUCCAUUUGGACAGCAGGUACACCAAUGACGCCCUGGAGAAGACCGUCAUCCGCGCCCUGCACGGGUAA